CUAAAGUUAUUUGUUGUCGUUGACGGAACGUUAAAAAGGGAGAAGCAUUAUUGCAAGAAUGGCGCUAAUUAUAAGAAACGCUCUUGACAUUUAUUAUAAAAUUAACAACGUAUAUGAUGAUGUUCGUGUUCGUGAUAUGCUCCUGCUUUCAAAUCCAUUCAAACCUGUAACACUUCUCGCCGUAUAUCUUUACUUCGUACUUAAUUGGGGACCAAAAUAUAUGGAGAAAAGGAAACCGAUGAAACUUGAUAACAUUAUAAAAUGUUACAACUUACUUCAAGUCGCUGUUUGUUCGUACAUCACAAUCAAAGGAUUUUAUCAUACGUUUGGACAAGGCUACAGUUUGAUUUGCGAACCAGUUGAUUAUUCAUUGAACUAUCACCCCGUUCAGCUUACAAAAGUUGCGCAUUACUAUUUUCUCACGAAGGUCGUUGAUCUUUUCGAUACUGUCUUUUUUGUGCUGAAGAAAAAGCAAAGUCACGUUUCCUUUCUUCACGUUUAUCAUCACGCUGGAAUGGUGAUGUUAGCAUGGAUUGGCCUUAAAUAUGUUAGCGGUGGUCAUUCUGCAUUUAUGGGUGUUUUGAACUCCUUCGUUCAUGUUAUUAUGUAUUUUUAUUAUUAUUUAACAUCUGUUGACAACAAGUACAAACAAAGCUUCUGGAAAAAAUACAUUACACAACUUCAGAUGAUACAGUUUGGAUUGAUGGCUCUUCAUUGGUUUACCCUGAUCAUUGCACCAGAUUGUGGAUAUCCAAAAUGGUUCUCCUUCUUCAUGCUUCCUCAAAACUUCUUCAUUUUUAUUUUAUUCUACGACUUCUACAGAAAAACUUACUUCAAGAAGACUGAAGUUAACAAUAAACUCGAUUGUAAUCACAAUGCUGCAGUUGAAGAUUCAAGAAAUAUUUCAGAAGUUCCAUUGACAAAACAUGCUGAAACAGGGUCUAAUUAACGUUCUUUUCUUAUUUUUUUUUUAAAGCUCAAUUCAUCGCUUUAUAGUAUUAAUGAAAGUUGUCUUCUAACAUUAUUACGUUUUACUUUAAAGUUUAACUAAAUUCAACCUCAUAAUUUGAUUUCCUGUUCACGACCUUUUAAUAAAUUUUGUUAGAGGAACAUUAAAUGUUUUUUUUUAAUUCCUGCG